ACGAGUGCACUGUGUGUUUAACUCGGGAUUGCACAACCUCGGAAAACCUUUCUCAGGAAGUAGGAAGAUUGUAUAUUAAUUCAAUCAAACGCUAUUAUACACCCGAAAACGUUUGUUUUCUAACGUAGACCCGGACUGAUAAAACUCACACGUAAGACCCAGCGCCAAACUCAGAGACGAUUUAUAUGUCGGUGUCAGAAGCAUAAACAUGGCGGGUAUUUUGUAAAUCGGGACACCAUACGCAAUGUGGCCAAUCUGUUCUUCUGGAUACUUAACUUACGAAUUAGAGGAUGAAGAAUGUUUAUGUCUGCUUCUUCCUCGGAAAUGGUGGUUGAAGUCAGUUUAUUAUGUAUGAGUCUGAAGCCAGAGACUGUUGACUAGGCAAACAUAUUCUUCCUAGUGGACUGGGGUGAUCUGCACUGCUGAAAGUCCUGCCACCUGUAGCCACACGGACGGGAUCACAUUGGAGAAUGGCUACCAGAGCUCAUAUAAACUGCCAAUCCUAAACUUUGGAGUAGAAUUUGUAUAUAUCGACCUUCACAACUGGUUGAAGGUGUUACCUGUGCUUGUGUAGGCGUUGCUUGGAAAUCUUUGCGGAAACGAAAGCAAAUAUGACAGAACACGUUUGGAUAUUUAAUUGAUAAUAAUACAAUAGUUUAUAUCAGUUGUAUGUGAUCGUAUCUACUACCUGUUGAAGUCUAUGUAGAAAGCCUGCUCGUAUGCUGACACUGGAAGUGUGGGUUCGUCAACCCAAAUAAUUGAGACGUCUGGUUGUCACCAUACACUAUGUGUUUCCGACUGAGGCGAGCGAAAUCUCAAGGGAAGUUUGCACCAAACGCCACUGAGGAUGGGGACACUGAUGGGUUUCCACUACCGGCGUCUCCUAAGGACCUGCAGAAGUUUGAUGAAGCUUACUUCGGAAAGUCUUUAUCCUCAAGUUCAAAGGACAAGCGCAACCACGGUCAGAGGUCAAGGUCAAUUCCCGAACUGUUAUCGCUGAGCUCGAAAUUACGAUUUCCUUCAAAGCCGAAAUUUUUGGAGCGGAUAAUUACCAGUGCGAAGAAGUCCGGGGUAAAGUCUGGAACUAACGGGUUGAUACAGGGGGACUGUGCUGCAGGGGAUACUGUCAAUGAGGUUGCAGCAGACGACACAUGUGCACGAGCCGUCUGCUCAGCUGAAGACCAUACUGACUCAGAUUUUCCCGAGUCGUUGGAUGGAGAGACUGACUGCUCAGAGGGUUCCAUUACCCCAACAAAUUCAUCAAUAACUAGCUCCCCACCCUGUCACCCCCGAGGAACAUGGUCCACGCCCAGCUCUCCUCUCCGGUCAGGAAUUGUGCAAAAAAGGUGUGAAAAUUUUCAGCGACUUUACAAUGUAGUACAUGAUAGUCCCCCUCUGCAACGUAAGUCAUCAUUGUGUCAUAUUCAGAAGGGCCACCAGUCAACCCCGACAUCACCAAGCAUUGAAUGUAAACCUAUUUGUGGUCCUCAUGAUCAGGUAGAUAAGUUUGACAGACUGAUUAAAAGUUACUAUAGUAUUUCAAGGGAUGAAAAGUUUGCCAAAACAGUGAUGUCACGAGGAUACGUACGUGCGUUAGUGGAGCGGAUUAAUAGUACCCACGGCACGUUAGAACAUGAAGGGUCUGACGUCGAAGAUGAGGACACAUGUACCGAUAAAGAUAAUGUUGAUCUAUCUGAACAGACCUGUGAAACCCCUCUGCCCAAAGAAAAACCACCAGUGAAGUCGCCCAAACCUCACUUAGAAAAGUCACCCUGUGAAAAUGGAAAAUCCAAACCAAAGUUAAAAUUACCCAAUUCAGAGAAGGGGGAUAAUGCCUGUCUGUGUAGAAUUGGACCCCGAUCCUCGAAUAAAUCACCAGUGUCGAAAUCAUCGAAAAAAAUCUCUCCAUGUGACAAUGUGAAAAAGCCUGUUGUGAAUGGCAGUUGUGAGUGUGGAGAGGAGGAUUCAGGAUUCAAUGUGGAAGGAGGAUGUGGGCAACCUAUGAGUCCGGCGGAGUUGUUUGACUCAAGUUGGUCUGAGUCGGAUAUGAGUUUUGAAGAUUUCAGUGAGGAAAGUGAUACUGAGGACAAAAUUUUUGAGACUUUUGAAAAGAAGUUGGAGCAAACUGAGAUUGAGGAUGGGCCACCACGAGACAAGUUGUACCGGAUAGCGGACGAACUGCUGAAGACCGAGCGGGUGUAUGUGGAGAGACUGCAUCUCCUGCAUCAGGUGUUCCACUUUCGCAUCACGAUGCAGAACCGGACGCAGAACAUGCUUCCGCCAGAGGCCAUCACACAGAUGUUCUCAAACAUCGAAAGCAUCUUCCAGUUCCAUCACGACUUUCUUCUUCCACAGUUGGAGGACCGCAUGAGCAAGUGGGACCAGAGUCCGAAGAUUGGGGACCUGAUGAAGAAGAAUGCGCCGUUCCUGAAGCUGUACACAGACUACGUGAAGAACUUCGACAACGCCAUGAAUCUUAUCAACACUUGGCAGGAGAAAUCAGUCAAGUUUGCCACCCUCAUUCAGGAAAUACAGCGAAUGCCUGAGUGUGGGUCCCUGUCCUUACAACACCACAUGCUGGAACCUAUACAGAGAGUUCCACGGUACGAGAUGCUGCUCAAAGACUACAUCAAGAAGUUGCCAUCGGAGUCCCCCGACCACCAUGAUGCUCAAGCUGCCCUCAAUCUUGUUACAACUGCUGCCAAACAUUCCAAUGAAGCCAUGAAGAAAAUUGAGAAGUUCCGAAAGUUGCUGGAGAUCCACCAGUCACUCCGUGGAAUCAACGUGGACUUCAUUAGUCCGACACGCGAGUUGAUCAGAGAGGGAUCUGUCACCAAGAUCUCAGCUCGAAGUGGAGAGAAACAAUUGAGAUAUAUAUUUUUGUUCAAUGACAUGAUGUUGAUAUGCAGUGAGCCACUACUGGGUACAUUCCGUGUCCGUGCACAGCUCGAUGUGGACGGGAUGCAGGUGAAGGAUGGAGAUAAUCUCAGCAUCGCCCACACCUUCUGUGUGAUGAGCAGACAGAAGACUAUCGAGUUGCUGGACCAUGAAACUGUUGGAGAUGGGGCCACCUGGUACGAUACAAUUGAGAAAGUUGUUGAUGAUUUUUGCCAUAAGAAGAAGUUACGAGUCAGCAAGCCCGAUGACACCCUGGAAUCAUUUCAGGAAACCAUGCUUCCAGACAGUAUCCUGGGGCGCCGAGCACCACGCUGGAUCCCAGACGAUGCUGCCACCAUGUGCAUGAGAUGCCAAGCAGGGUUUUCGGCCUUCCGGCGGAGACAUCAUUGUCGAGCCUGCGGAUGGGUUGUAUGUGGCAAGUGCUGCAGGAAGGCACCCCUCGCAUACAUGCAAAACAAAAUAGAGCGAGUGUGCGACAAGUGCUAUGAUGUGAUCGUUCACCCAAAGCCUGGCAAUGCAUCGUCACCCGACAGCGAAAGGGGUUCGCCGCGGAGAAGGGGUGUUCUACAGGUGAAGGCCAGCGACCCAGCCGUCUUGUCUGGCUACCUGUACAUGAGUUCAGACAAGGGGAAGUCUUGGGUCAGGAGGUGGUUUGCCGUCCAUGACGACUUCGUCAUGUAUGCAUUCAGAGCACACCAGGAUGUUUCGGCGCUGACAUCUAUGCCUCUCCCAGGGUACAUUGCGGAACCUGUGUCGGCGGGAGACAACGUGGACAGGCCGAACACUUUCAAAGUUCAUCAUAAGCACAAGAAAAUCUACUUCUUCCAAACUGACCAUGAGAAACACUUGAGGAAGUGGAUCAAUGUCUUGGAGAAGAUGGUGAGGCUGGAGCUCCCUGACGAUUCACAACGUCUCUCUUCUCAGUCCAGCGUCAGUAACGUCAGCAACAUCAGCAGCAACAGUGGAAGUGGUGAUAUGUCAGAGAGUAACGCCGCUGCGAGUGACAUCAGUAGCACCCAUAGCAACCCCAGUGAUUGUAGUAAAACCAGUGAUGAAAACGGAAUCGGUGGCAAAGACAAUGACAGCGGUAUUGCCAACAGCAAUGAAAACUGUAGCACGAGUAAUACUGACAACUCUGAAUACUUUAAGGACUCAACUAAGUCAUGAUACAGGGGACAUCACUCACACCAAGGGGAAACAACUCACAUCUGAGUCACAACAAAGGAUGGGGGUGCAAGUGGGCCUCUUGGCCCAAGUUCACCCCAAAUCCUAAUACUACCACAACAAAGUAAUGGGUGCACAUACUACUACAAAGGGAUGUAACUCUGAAUGCAGUUGAUAAAGGGGGAUCACUCCUACAUUUUUUUUGUGAUGUUAGAAUGGAUAUGUGUGGACAUUGAGUUGUUUGAAAGGAGCUGACAGAGGAAAUUACGAUAUUUUAAAAAGAUCUUCCUGAAUAACCAACCCAAGUCAGAUUAUCAUUGGUGCAGUUAUGGAUUGUCAACAAUAUACCAGCCCUGGUGAAGACGUCACCUGGGGAUACAAGUGCUACAAAGUGUGUUUUGCCAUAAUGUAUUUCCAUCACAGAGAUUUAUUGACUACAGUAUUACCCAGAAGUCAAGUGUUCCACAAUGUCACCAGCUUCUUUCAGUAUUCUGUGUGAACAGCUGUGUCUGUGGAUGAAGAGUGUUGAAAGGGAAGUAAUUCUGAGCUGCCAAAAAUGGCAACUUUCUGUUGCGUCUCUCCCUUUCUUAAUACCAGAUGUGAAACUGAAAGAUUGAUGACAAAUAUUCUUAAUAUAAUCUAACUUAAAGUAAUAUAUUCCUUAUAUGAAAAUAGAAAUGAUGUAUGUAUUUACAUUUUACCAUUUAGUAUGUAUAUAUGAUAUUGAGAAUUAUCAGGAAUUUUAGGCCAUUUACAAUAUGAUGCUGAGGUAAUAAAAUCAAAAUCAAGUAUGAAUUAUAUAAUAUAUAUGAACAAAAUAUUUGAAAUCUGGAAUUUGUUAAGUCUCUUGCUCACCAGUUUUAAGUUUGUGAAAAUAUUUGCCUUAAUGUCUGUAAAUAUUUAAACUGUUUUUUAAUCUCACGAUGUUAAUAUUUACAAACUAUUAUUUUAAAUCACAAUGCAAUUGUAAAUCUUUCAUAAAGAAAGUUAGUUAGAACAUAGUUAUGCAGGUAUAACUAUUAUUAAAUAAGUUUUUUAAAUAUUUUUUUGGGUUGAUGAAGGAUAAGAAAUUCUCCUUCUAGUUUUGGCAAAAACAGACUAAUCCUGAUACAACUAUGUCUCUUCCAAUAUAUUUCAUGAAAAGAUUCCAACUUUAGCAAAUUACAUUGCAGUUCUAUUACGGAUUCUAUACAAUUUGAUUGAUGUCCCUAAUAUAUUUGUACAUUUUAACAGUCAGAUGUAUAUUUUGUUUUGAAUAUGUAAAUUUGUUGUUAUAGUAACCAUGGUUACCUUCGAUUGCAAGGAUUAACAUAUACUGAGAAUAUUUCUCAAGUCAGCAUAUUUCAUAUUGUUGAUCAUCGUACAUCCGGUUCAUCGGGUAGCAGGGAUACAGCUAUGUAGCAUCUCCAGCUCUCAUGGAGCAAUGAAAGGAAGUCAUCCACGCAGCUUGUAUUUCAGUAAUCACAUUUCGGAGCUGAACCAUGUGUCUCCCAGUGUACCUGUCAAACUCGGACCAAGGUGUUGUUACAAAUGUUGAGUUACAAAUGUGGAUGAGAUAAUGCCUGGCCGUGUACUGCAAUGUUAAUAAAGCAACAUUUAAAUAAGUUCUAAUACAGUUAUGCAUCAUUAGGUUCAUUACAUAAUCAUCAGCAUCAACUACACGCUUCAUUUUUGUCAGUCUAUAUAUUAAGAUACAGUUGUUUUCUCUCAGUAUUUUAGAUCGAAUCUCGUUUUUCAGCUUUUAAUGUAAAUUUUCCUGUUUUAAUUAAUAACCAUAGUGGUUCUAUCAUGAAGUGCUGCUGCUUCAUUGUUGGAUUUGUAUAUACACAUUGAUACAGUAGGGGGAUUUAAUAUUAAUGUCCUAAUUAUUAAGAUGUUGGAGCUCAUUUUCAACACUUUUGUGAAGAGUUUUUAAUUUUAAUACACUAUUAUAGAUUUAAAAAACAAUGCUUUGUACAAUAAUUUAUGGUAUGCUUUGAAUGUACUAAUUAUUGUACUUAACUAUGGUGCUUAAUUCCGACACAGCAAGUAAAAUCACUACUGCUUUGUAUGUAUGGAGAAAACAAUUUGUAAUUUGUAUUUAUUUUUAUGACAUUUACAUUUUUGCAAAAAAUAGUUUUAAAUGUAUUGAGUAUUACUUCCCUAUGCUUACAUUUCCUGCUAUUAGACAAUCAGUCUAGCAACAUGAGGGACGUCACGUAGACACCAGCAUCAUCCGCGUUGUAGCUACAUCAUUGUUGGUUUUAUCCUGCGAAGUUGAUGACCUGCGAAACAUCUUACAUCACUUUUGUAAUAAUUGUUACUGGGUUUGUAUUUUUAUUGUAAACUAUUUUGUAUAAAAUUAUCAGAUCAAAAUUGUAAAUAGAGGUGAAUGUACAUCAGAACUUAACAUUGGAAAUUGUAAACCAUUUCUUGAUGUGUAUGUUGUCAGAGAGAGCAAGACUAGGGAGUGUCCAUUAUCAUGUUGUCACACGACUGUAGUAAAACCUUAGUGUUCCCAGGGGCCAUGUUAUACUGCCUGUGUCUGUAGACAAGUGUAUAUAUGCCCAUUCAUUCCAUGCAACAUAUAAUCUAACCUAACUCUGUUCAAUAAAGUAGAACCACUUUCUCAUGGCCUUACCCUUAAUUUGAGGUAGAAAAGUGAGCUAAGCCUUCUUUGUGGCAUCUUCAGAUCUGUCACAUGUAAUCUUCCUUAAGGCUCUGGUUCAAUGUUUGAUGUUGAUGAAUCUAAUAAUCUGGAGUCUUACUGAGAUGUAUUUUUAAUCCUUUUGGUAACACUUUUUUAAUUUUAUGUUUCACAGACUUAUUCCAGUUUUUCCACAUAAGGUCGGUUGAAAUAAGAAGAAAUUUUUUUUUUUUUAUUUAUUUAUUUAUUUAUUUAAGUCAUUCUGCCAUUAAAGAGUUAAAAGUGAUGUAGACAUGAAAUUUAUUUAUAUCAUUUUUUAUUGUAUAAGAGGGUCUCUAUUACGAGCGAGCGGGAGACAUAGUUAAAAAAAUUAAAACAAUUAUGUUUAAUUUAUUUCUUAGACCGGCUGCUUUUCAGUUGGGGCAGGGUGUCUGUAAAACGAAAAAUAAAAAAAUGUGUGACCUUAAUGUAAUUUAACAAAGUGUUGCAUUGCAAAUUCAUGAGUAUGGUUUUACGCCACUUUUAGCAAUAUUCCAAUAUUCCUUUACUCACAAUACUUAUUGUCUUAUCUCUCCCUCUUCUGGAUGAGAUCGGACAAUGUCCGACAUUUCGUUUAUCUUCAUACCCCAGCUACAUCUAUGGGUGACAAGUCACUAGACAUUUCCCUCUUAAAAAUAAACGUGGUCCAGUACAUGACGUCAUCAAGUUGCGAGUGCAUGUUGGAAUCUCCAGAAAUGACAGACAGACAGUUUAUUCAGUAAUUUAGGCAUCAAGGCCCAUAGCACAAUGCAAGUUGGAUAUUAACAUUUGUCCCGUGAUGUACAUUGAUUAGAUUUUAAAUCACGUUACACAUUCCUCAUUAUAAAUACAUGUUUUAAGAAAACAGAAACAGCAUGGAUCCUAUCAGGAUUUUCAGAGUUUAGCAGAUUUAUCAUUAACUGACGGUCUUUUAAUUUUAAAUGGGAAUACGUUUCACAUAUAAGUAAGACAUGGUAUUCAUCCUCUACUUCCCCGGAUGAACAGUUUGUACAAAGAUAGUUCACAAUAUCACCGUCUUUGGACCUUCGACAUACAUUUACAUUAAAAUUGUGCUAUGAAAUUCUAAGUUUACAAUAAGUUCUGAUUAACUUUUAUCAUUUAAUGAAAUGACGUCAUGACAGAACACUGUUUUAUCGGGAAAUAUACCACGCUUCGUUUUUUAAUUGUUCUUUGGGAUUUAUCCCGUGGCUAUCUUUUAUCAUGUGACAAAGCUGUUUGUGCCGUCGUGUGACACCAUGAUGAGGGCUGUAUACCUAUUACUCUGAGAUGUAAUAUAACAUGACAACAUGUAUUGUAUUUUAUACUUUUGUUGAUCUCUGUUUUGAUACCUGAUGUAUGAGUGGAAGAUCUGAUUAAAUACAGUAUGGAAGAUAA